AUGGAGGCUGAUAAGACUGUUAGCACACAAAUCGACGUCUCCGAGAUCACCACAUCGUUUACUGCACUUGCCACACAAAUCGUACCAAUGCCAGUUUGCAGAUACGAGAUUCUCGACGGAGGUCCCAGUGGACAACCAAUUCAAUACGGUUUAAUUGGACAACAGAAACGUGCUGCAGAUUACGAUAACACAUUGGAUGUCCGCACUGAUAUCAGCGCUUUGGAUAUCUCGGAUCAGAACCAAGCAUUACCCGCCGAUCUUCGUCAUCGCGCUCGUCAGCAAUUCGGUCAUCCAAUAGUUCUUUCACCUACACUUCAAGAUGGCAUUUGCAUGUCUCCAAUGGGAUUAUCCAUGAUGAUGGGUAUCGGUGUUGUUCUAAUUGCAGCCUUCGUCGUUCUCAUCAACUACAUCCAAGGUGAGCCAGAAAUAGAGUGUGGACCGACGUCAAUAACAGUCAACUUCAACACAAGGAAUCCGUUCGACGGACAUGUUUAUGUGAAGGGAUUGUAUGACCAAGAGGGAUGUCGCAAUGAUGAAACAGGACGUAAUAUUGCCGGUAUAUCGCUGCCCUUCGAUAGCUGUAAUGUGGCUCGAACUCGAUCCCUGAACCCUCGUGGUAUAUUUGUUACUGCUACGGUUGUCAUCUCAUUCCAUCCGCUCUUCGUUACUAAGGUCGACAGAGCUUAUCGUAUACAAUGCUUCUAUAUGGAGGCUGAUAAGACUGUUAGCACACAAAUCGAAGUCUCUGAAAUCACCACUGCAUUUGCUACACAAAUCGUACCGAUGCCCAUUUGCAGAUACGAGAUCUUGGAUGGUGGCCCAACUGGGCAACCAAUUCAAUACGGUUUAAUUGGACAACAGGUAUAUCACAAAUGGACUUGUGACACGGAAACGGUCGAUACCUUCUGUGCAGUAGUGCAUUCGUGUUUCGUGGAUGAUGGAAAUGGUGACAAAGUAGAACUUCUGAAUGAAGAAGGAUGUGCACUUGAUAAACAUCUUCUGAACAACUUGGAAUAUCCGACUGAUUUAAUGGCUGGUCAAGAAGCUCAUAUUUACAAAUAUGCCGAUCGAUCACAACUCUUCUACCAAUGUCAAAUCAGAAUCACAAUCAAGGAACCGAACAGUGAAUGCGAACGACCUAAAUGCUCGGAACCACAAGGAUUCGGCGCUGUUCGGUUUGCAAACGACUGA